UCCUGGCAAACCUCUUUGCCGUCAUUUGGACACCAUGGCUUCCACCGUAGAAGUCUCCCAGCAGUAUGACACCAUUCUCAUCCUAGACUUUGGGUCACAGUACACCCAUUUGAUUGCGCGACGCAUUCGUGAACUCGGUGUUUACUGUGAAUUGCUGGCAUGCACCGUCAAGAUAGCCGAUCUCAAAUUCAAACCCAAGGGUGUUGUACUGUCUGGUAGUCCCUACUCUGUCUACGAUGUGGACUCGCCACAUGUUGACCCUGCCUUGUGGACGUUGGGCGUUCCUAUCCUUGGUAUCUGCUAUGGACUACAGGAAAUUGCCUGGACAAAGGGCGGCAAAGUAGAACCACACGACAAGCGCGAGUACGGAAAGGCUGAUAUCCAGAUCCGUCCUGGAAGCAGGCUAUUCGCAGGACUUCCCAAUGAUUUAACGGUCUGGAUGAGUCACGGCGAUCAGCUUUCCCAGGCUCCUGAAGGCUUCAAACCAGUUGCGUAUACCGCGACGUCGCCUUACACUGCUAUCGAAAAAGAAGAGGAACAGAUCUACGGUAUCCAGUUCCACCCCGAAGUCACCCACACUCCCAAGGGUUCAGCCAUUUUGAGAAAUUUUGCCAUCGGUAUCUGUGGAGCCAAUGCGAACUGGACGAUGGCGUCAUUCGUAGACAAAGAGAUCGAACGCAUCCGAAACGUUGUCGGUCCCACUGCCCAAGUUAUUGGUGCAGUCAGUGGUGGUGUUGACAGUACCGUAGCCGCCAUGAUAAUGAGCAAAGCCAUUGGUGACCGCUUCCAUGCUAUCUUGGUCGACAACGGAGUAAUGCGUCUGAACGAAUGCCAAACUGUUCAGCAAACGCUCCAGAAACACCUCGGAAUCAACUUGACAUUAGCGGAUGCGAGCGAGUUAUUUUUGGGCAGGUUGAAGGGCGUCACUGAUCCCGAGAAGAAGCGAAAGAUCAUCGGCAACUCCUUUAUCGAGGUCUUUGAGGCAGAGGGUGCCAAGAUUGAGGCGCAGGUGGAACAGGAGGGCAAGGGCAAAAUUGAGUUUCUUUUACAAGGAACUUUGUAUCCCGAUGUGAUCGAAUCAAUUUCAUUCAAGGGCCCCUCUGCGACCAUCAAAACCCACCACAAUGUCGGAGGCUUACUGGAUGACAUGAAACUCAAAGUCAUUGAACCUCUCCGCGAACUCUUCAAAGACGAAGUCCGUGCCCUCGGAAGCAUCAUGGGCAUUGAUGACGAGCUGAUCUGGCGUCAUCCUUUCCCUGGACCUGGUAUUGCUAUUCGUAUCUUGGGCGAGGUGACUCCUGAGCAGGUCGCUAUUGCACGUCACGCGGACCAUAUCUACAUUGAGGAGAUUAAGAAGGCGGGUCUUUACAGAAAGAUUUCCCAGGCCUACGCUGCACUCCUUCCCGUGCGCUCUGUUGGUGUGAUGGGAGACAAGCGGACAUAUGAGCAGGUCAUUGCUCUGCGUGCCGUUGAGACAAAAGACUUUAUGACUGCUGAUUGGUUCGAAUUUCCGUACGACAUUCUGAAGCGCAUUAGCAGCCGGAUUAUCAACGAGGUGCAAGGAGUGAAUCGUGUUGUCUACGAUGUCAGCUCCAAGCCACCAGCUACCAUAGAGUGGGAAUAAGGACUUGUGCAAGCUGCGGAUUCAUGAUGGUUACUAGCUUCAUUUUUAUGUACAGUUUAAAUAGAUUAUUUCAUUUGGCUCGAUUACGGA